AAAUUAAUUCACAACAUGCCAUAGCUAGUGCAAUGAAAGUAAAAUUUAUAUCAUAUUGGGCUUAUCUAAAUGAAUCUUCAACAAUUUCGGACCUUCUUGAUCCUUGCAAUAAACUUUCGACCUUUGAUGUUUAUGAAUGUAAACAAGCUAUCAAUAAACUUUAUGAAUUGCACAUAAAAUUUAGACCAACCGAAGAAAAUCAACUAUUUUUACCUUCUACUACUACUAAAUCAACAUAUACACUUUUUCGUAAACUUAACCAAAGUCGCCAGGCUGACUUGAAUCAAUAUAAAAUUAACAA